AUGGCGACUCUAGGACCCUACGAUCCUCAUCCUCCGGGCGUACCAAAUUGGCUGAACAAGGGCGACAAUGCCUGGCAGAUGACAGCGGCCACACUGGUGGGCCUGCAGAGCGUGCCGGGUCUCGUCAUCCUCUACGGGAGCAUCGUGAAGAAGAAGUGGGCGGUGAAUUCGGCGUUCAUGGCCCUCUACGCCUUCGCCGCCGUCCUCAUCGUCUGGGUCCUCUGCGGGUACCGCAUGGCCUUCGGCGAAAGGUUGCUCCCCUUCUGGGGCAAGGCCGGCGUGGCCCUCAGCGAGGACUACCUGGUCCGCCGGGCAAAGAUGCCGGCGAGCCUCCACAAGUACAAGAACAAUACCGUGGAGACUCCAAUGACGGAGCCCUUCUACCCGAUGGCCACGCUCGUCUACUUCGAGUUUAUGUUCGCCGCCAUCACCGUCAUCCUCCUCGCCGGCUCCCUUCUCGGCCGCAUGAACAUCAAGGCCUGGAUGGCCUUCGCUCCUCUCUGGCUCAUCUUCUCCUACACGGUCGGAGCUUUCAGCCUCUGGGGAGGGGGCUUCCUCUACCACUGGGGGGUCAUCGACUACUCCGGCGGCUAUGUUAUCCACCUCUCCUCCGGCAUCGCUGGGAUCACGGCCGCCUACUGGGCAAGCACCGCCCUCCUUCAAGAACGAAUUUUGCCUCCCCAACCACAAUUGCUAAUCCAUGGGCUGCCCUCGAUUUACAGGUCGGACCGAGACUGAAGGCCGACAGAGAGAGGUUCUCCCCGAACAACAUCUUGCUGAUGCUCACCGGAGCGGGGCUGCUGUGGAUGGGCUGGUCGGGGUUUAACGGUGGGGCUCCGUACGCGGCCAACAUCGCAGCCUCCAUGGCCGUCCUGAACACCAACAUCUGCGCCGCCACGAGCCUCCUCGUGUGGACGUGCCUGGACGUGGCCUUCUUCAAGAAGCCGUCGGUGAUCGGAGCCGUUCAAGGAAUGAUGACGGGACUCGUCUGCAUCACUCCCGGCGCAGGUCCGUUGAAUCUCCUCACCACCGAACUUCUCUUUUGAAGAAUAUUCCGGCAUAGAGAUGCGACAGAAGACGAGCGGCGGCGGCGGCGGGCGGGCGGGCUUGCCCGCUUUCAUCCUCCGUCGACGGCGGCGCGUAUCGUAGUUGUUGUUGAGUCGGGCUUGCGUUGCUCUGCUGCAGGUUUGGUGCACGGGUGGGCCGCCAUAGUGAUGGGGAUGCUCUCGGGAAGCAUCCCCUGGUUCACGAUGAUGAUCCUGCACAAGAACUUGCCGCUACUGCAGAAGGUGGACGACACGCUCGCGGUGUUCCACACGCACGCCGUCGCGGGCCUCCUGGGGGGAAUCCUCACAGGGUUCUUGGCGCAGCCGGAGCUCUGCAACGUCGUCCUGCCCGUAAGCGGCACGAGAGGCGUGCUCUACGGGGGAGGUGCAUUCCAGCUCCUAAAGCAGCUGGUGGCGGCCGGCUUCGUCAUCGGGUGGAACAUCGUCGUCACCACGCUCAUACUGCUCGCAAUAAGAGUCUUCAUCCCUCUGAGGAUGCCGGACGAGCAACUGAUGAUCGGGGACGAUGCAGCCCACGGCGAGGAGGCCUAUGCCCUCUGGGGCGACGGCGAGAGGUACGAAACGGUCCGCCAUUCCUCCACGUAUCCCGCCGACCUGGCGGUCACCGGCGCCAGAGGCCUCACCAUUCAGCUCUAG